UAAAUGAAUGGGCAGUUUGGUAGCAGAUGUAAAGAAAGCCUGAAGCAGAAAAAUUAUGGAGUCUACCACUUGUCCAAGACACCGUGAGAUAGAAAAUAAGAUGAAGGUCAACAUCAAUGGGAGUAUUUUCAACGUGGACAAAACCAUCAUGGCUGAGAACUGUGAGUACUUCAGAGCCUUGUUCCAGUCUGGAAUGAGAGAAUGCCAGCAGGAGCAGGUGCAGCUGCGAAGCGUUGGGGUUGAGGGUUUUCUACUCUUGCUGCGGGUGCUGGAAGGGGAGCAUCCCAUGCUCAACAGUGAUCAGAUUGUUGAAGCUAUUGAAUGCACUGCUUUUCUCCAGGUACCGGCUCUCACCAAGCACAUGAUUAACAUCAUCAAUUCUGAAAACUGUUUGCUCAUGUAUCACACAGCUGCAACCUAUGGAGUGUGGGAACUGUCCCACCACUCUGCCUUGUUCAUCAGAGAUAUGUACGCUGACCUGAAGGAGGAUGUGCGCACCUUACCCAGCAAGAUGGUAGAAUAUAUCGAGUCUCUUCCCCCAAGUAGCUACAUGGCAGUGUGCAGCCACUCUCCAUCCUCAGAACUACUGCAGGAUGUCCAGAGGACAGUCUUCUACCUGGACGAGGAACACAAAAAGUGGAGGGCCCUCACACAGCUACCUCUCAGCACCAGUACCACCAUGGCAGGGGUGGCUGUCCUUGACAACAAACUGUACAUCAUUGGAGGAGUGCAUGAUGUUAGUAAGAGGGUUGUAGAGGCUGGAUUCUGUUAUAACCCAGCAGAUAACACAUGGUCCACAAUCUGUGGUCCCCAGCAGCUGCGCUACAGCUUCACACUGAUAGGUAAUGAAGGCUGCCUUUAUGCAUUAGGAGGGAAGUUCAACAUGAAGGACCUCUCUUCAGUGGAGAGAUUCAGGGUGUGUGAGGGAAGCUGGGGUUUUGUCUCAGCCCUCCCCUGCCAGGCAGCUUCUGUGGUGUCUGCUGUAGCUUUGAACAGGAUCUUUAUCUGUCUCUGGAAAGGAAAGGGGGCCACAGAUAUACACGAGUAUGUCCCUGAAUAUGACCGAUGGCUUUUAGUUACAACGCUCAACCGCCAGCAGAGUUAUGGACUUUAUAUGGUGGCUCAUAGGGAUAAUCUGUAUGUGAUGCGGAAUGGGCCAUUUAAUGACUUCUUACACUGUGUGAUGGACUGCUACAACCUCACGACAGGUCAGUGGACGGCCAUGUCUGGUCAGUAUGGGAACAGCAAUGGUUCUGUGUUCACUGCCAUGGUCAAAGCAGAUUCCGUGUUCACCCUUGGUAGACAUGUAACUACAGAGUACACGGUGGAGGAGACUCAAUGGAGACAAAAAUGUGAGAUGGAAGGUUUUGGCAGGAUUGGAUCCAUACACACAUUUCAGAUGAGGCUUCCUAAAUCCAUCCUCUCUCUCAUGGAUAAUUGUUUGGAUAAAACUUCAGAUAACAACUUUAAAGACAUUAGUAUUCUUCCCAACUUGCCUUUACAGUGCUUUCAUAACAUUUAAAGGGAUUUCUAAAGUUGGCUUUUGUGGAGAGCUAUUAAGCAGUCAGAAUAUCACCCAGAGUUAAUUCUUGGAUUGAUUUCUGUUUGGAUAAAAAUAGGUUAGUUUUUAUGGAUGAUCAAGCUACUGCCUUGUCAGACCAGGGUCUGUUUCAAAAGGGAUUUCUCCUAUGAUGAAAAAAUAAAUCCCUGUGACAUUUGCAUAACAUGUUUAUUACACAUGGAAGCCUACAGAUAUUUACGAUGAAGAGUGUAGAAGUCCACCGUUUUAGCGGGGGUCUUUCUAAGUAAAACAUCUAUUGCAAUAAGGAAUGCUUUUAUGUGGAGUAGCAGCCAAAGAAAC